AGGCAAGAAACGACACACAACAGCCCCACCGCGCACAGGCUUUCAAACCCCAGAUUGCCUUCACAAGAGCCAACCUAGGUAUUGUGCUGCACGUGUAUGAUAUCUAUUGUUCUCGUUCUCUGUAAGGCUGCCGUGACUGCGGUCUGCCUGUGUUGGAACCAGGGUACCGCCGAUUUUCCGAAUUCUAAACCAUCCUGGCCAAUGCGACGACAGCCAACACGAGCAUGGCAUCCUCCGCAACCAUAAAUCCCCGAGUGCCUACUACUCCCUUCGUCGUCGAUUCCGCCCUGGUAAGCCAGCUAGAGGAUGAUUUAACCAUCCAGCGCGCCGUUUUGGCAUCCCUUGAGGACGUACCACAAUCCCCGGACUUGAUCCAGCAGAUAUCGUCGACAAAAUCCGCCAUCGUGUCGAUCCAGCACCGCCUCGCCGAAGCUCGCCGCGGCCAACCCGCAGUCCCUGCCUCUGCCGCGCCUGCGACUAUGGACCUUUCACGUUCGCAUGGGUCAGACCCCUUCAGAGCCCUCAACCACAACACCCGAACAUCAACCCCGUCAGGCAUGUCGUCCCUGAGCGGCUCAAGUCCCGCAAUAGGGCAUGCGACGGGCUCAGCCAUCCCCUCGUUGAGGAAGCGUUCCUUUGGCAGCUCCCACCUCGAGGUUGGGAAUCUUGGAGGGUCCGAGAACAAGUCUCGACGGACUACUCCGAGCCCAGGCGAUACAGGGCAUUCGACUCCUUCGAGUAACUUUAUGGAUUCUGAUCAAGAUUUUGGCGACGUGGAUAUUAUCGACCUGACCGAGGAUAACGACGAAUGGCGCGUGACGAUUAAACGACAGAGGGAGGAAGAGGAGCGUCUCAAUCGUAUCAAGGAAGAGCGCGAUAGAGAUGAAGCUGUUGCGAGACGGCUGGCCGAGAGCCCGUCACAUGCAAGCUCUGGCCUUUCGCAACAUUCCACCCCCUCUCGUUCCAACGCCUUUGACCGAAUUCUCGGUCGCUCGUCCCAGCAAAGUUCAUUAUUGGGCCAGGGAAACGCAUUCACAAACAGGCUGGACUCUGGCUUGACGCGUUCAGCAAUCGAGGAUGAACCAAUUGCUGUUCUUGCUAGUAGUUUGUCUUCUGACUAUUUCCAGGGAAUGACGAAUGUAAAGCACGAGCCGAUCUCACAGGGAAGGAACUGGGUCCCGGGAGCGUUCGUGGACGACGAUGACGACGAUGACGAUCGUGUAGCUAAGAGCUCAGUCUUGGUCAACCGGCCCCGUCCCUUGACAUCCCUAUCUCAUCACGGUAUACCGCCAAACCUUGCGUUACCCCCGCCGCCAGGCGCUUUCGGGUCCAGCGAUACCCAGCGGUAUGCCACAGGAUUGCCUCCUAUUGAGUUCGUCCGCCAGAAUGCUAUGGUGAAGCAUGAACCGGUCUACCCUCCGCUUGGGUCCAGCAGUCAGUAUGGAAGUAAUAGGAAUCUUCAGCUACCUGGCUCGCAAUUCUUCAACCCAUACGGCUCUACUGUCAAAAACGAGCAUCAAAACCCCUAUGGCUCUGCUGUCAAAAACGAGCAUCAAAACCCCUAUGGCUCUGCUGUCAAAAACGAGCAUCAAAACCCCUAUGGCUCUGCUGUCACAAAGGAGUAUCAAAACCCACUCGCAAGCGCGGGCUAUUACGGAGAUGGGUCGUCGACUAGGCCUUACGCUGCCUUUGACAUGUAUAAUCCCUCCCUUUCUAACACCAUCAGCCAAGUCAACAACUAUGAUUUCAACGCCUUGACAGAUGGGUUUGGAAAUCCGCUGGAUUCUCGCCUUGUUAAUUUCCUGGAUGACUAUGUCAACGAUCCUCGCAAAACCGAGGACGAGAUACACCAGCUCUUGUCAAAUAUUCGACCCGACAUGGAUAUCCCCGAAGAAGAGCGAGGCGAGACUCCCGAAGCUCUCAAAUACCCCCUUUACCCGCAUCAACAACUUGCCAUCAAGUGGAUGUCGGAGAUGGAGGAGGGGUCGAACAAAGGCGGAAUCCUAGCCGACGACAUGGGCCUUGGAAAGACCAUCUCUACCUUGGCUUUGAUGGUCUCCAGGCCGUCUUUUGAUAAUAUCAAGACCAACCUGAUAAUAGGACCUGUCGCGUUAAUCAAGCAAUGGGAGCAAGAGAUAAAGAAGAAGCUGAAAGGCUCGCACAAGCUCAGUGUCUUCCUGCUACACCAAAAGAAGGAAGUCCCGUUUUCCACCUUGAAAGGCUACGAUGUCGUACUCACAACCUUUGGAUCGAUCGCUUCGGAGUGGAAAAAGUUCAACAAGCAUAUUGAGCAGAGACAGUCGUUGGCGGGAUAUCAAACCUUGAUGGACGAAGAGCUGCACAAAAAGUGCCCCCUACUUCACCCAAAGAGCAAAUUCUACCGUGUCAUACUUGAUGAAGCUCAGUGUAUCAAGAACAAGGACACCCAGUCUUCUCGAGGUGUUUCCCAAAUCGCAUCUACCUACCGAUGGUGUCUUACUGGCACCCCGAUGAUGAACGGCGUGACGGAGCUAUAUCCAUUGAUCAGGUUCCUGCGGAUUAAGCCGUACUGCGACCUUAAACUGUUCACGAAUGCCUUCAAGAGUCUCGUGCCGAGGGCCAAAGCGACGGAUCUGCAGAGAAGCAACGCCAUGAAGCAACUGCGAAUCGUUCUUAAGGCAAUAAUGCUCCGACGGAUGAAGAACUCCAAAAUUGACGGCAAGCCAAUUCUGUCGCUGCCCGACAAGACCGAACAUGAGGACAAUGUCGUGUUCUCGAACGACGAGCAAAGCUUCUAUCAGGACCUUGAGCAGAGGUCUCAAGUGAUAUUCAACAAGUACCUUCGCUCGGGUACUGUGGGAAAAAACUAUUCCAACAUUCUUGUCCUGCUGCUGCGACUUCGCCAGGCUUGCUGCCACCCCCACUUGAUGGAUUUUGAGUGUGUUGGUGCCAAUGAUGUGUCUGUAGAUGAUAUGGUUGCCCUUGCCAAAAGCUUGGAGAGACCAGUCGUUGAGCGCAUCAAGGCAAUCGAGGCUUUUGAGUGCCCGAUAUGCUAUGAUGCGGUACAAGACCCUACCCUUCUAUUUCCCUGCGGCCACGACACUUGUUCCGAAUGUUUUGCUUCGCUCACCGAUAACACGGCACAAAACAACAUCAGAUCGGGCAACGAAAACGGUGCUGCCAAGUGCCCGGUCUGCCGCGGGCCAGCCGAGCCCUCAAAGAUUAUCAACUACUCGGUCUUUCAAAAGGUGUACAUGCCAGAGAAAGUUCAGUCUCUAGAAGGCACUUAUGAACAGGUCGAGGAGUUGGGUGAUGAUGAUGAUGAUGAUGAUGAUGAUGAUGACUCUCUCACGGAUACUGGCUCCAAUACUGGAUCUGAAGCUGACAAUGACGACGACGACGACGACGAUACGGAAUCUCUUGGCAGUCUUAAAGAUUUUAUAGUUGGCGGCGAUGAAGAGGACGACGACGCACAGCUUGACGCCGAGCUUGCAGCCUAUGUCGAGAAGAAGAAACAGAAGAGGGCCAUGAAAACGAAGAAGGCGAAACCAGCAAAGAAGCCAGUAAAGAAAUCGAACAAGAACGUGUUUAGUGCGAAGUCCAAAGGCAAGGCCGCAGAGGUCAAGCCUCACAUGCUAAAACAUCUUCGUAUCGAGGCUGGCAAGAACCAGGACGCCCGCCGGCGGUACAUGCAUUACCUCCGGGACAACUGGGAGGAUUCUGCCAAGGUAACCGAGGUUAUCGAGCUCUUAAGACAUAUUCAGGAGUCGGACGAGAAGACUAUCAUCUUCUCCCAGUGGACAUCUCUACUCGAUCUGAUCGAGUGCCAAAUCAGGUACAAGCUGGGGAUCAAGUACUGCCGCUACACAGGCGGAAUGACUCGGGGCCGUCGCGACGAAGCCGUUACAGACUUUACCGAGAACCCUCGUAACCGCGUUAUGCUUGUAUCGCUUCGGGCUGGCAAUGCUGGUCUCAACUUGACAGUGGCGUCACGCGUCAUCAUCUGCGACCCGUUCUGGAACCCCUAUGUUGAGAUGCAGGCCAUCGACCGGGCGCAUCGCAUUGGCCAGCAGCGCGAGGUCCAGGUCCACCGCAUCCUGGUCAAGGAGACGGUCGAGGAUCGCAUCAUCAAGCUGCAGGUUGAAAAACGCAACCUGGUCGAUGCAGCGCUCGACGAGGGUGAGAGCAAGAACGUCGGCAGACUCAGCGAGCGGGAACUUGCCUACCUCUUUGGCGUCAACCCUAGCCGCCGUUGAGACCCGCGUGCUCAUAGCCUACCUGUUUCUCCCCGGCUAGGAGUAUGUUAUAUAGAGUUCUCCAUUUUUUUCCCUUCCCCUUUUUCCUUUCUUGAGAUGUCGCCCAUGGCAACUACUAUUAGCGUGUCCCUC